GAAAAGAGUAGAAAAAUUGAACAAUAAAAGGAUUGACUAGUUAUCGAAUAAGAAUAACUGAAAUCACGAGAAAUCAAUAAAGGAAAAAAAUAAUCAUAGUCAACAAAGAACAACGAGCAAACCAAGAUGGAAGGGUUUUGAAAAUUCUUUUCUCUAACAGAGGAGCUGGUGCUGAUCUUUUGUUCUGAGUGAGUUUGUACUUCUGGGUUCUGCUUUUUAUGCAUGAAGGUUUGAAGUUAUGCAAUUGGGUGAUGUUGUAGAGAAAGGGACUGGGCUGAUUUUAAGACAAGGGGCUUGAAGCUGAAGAAGGGUUACUGUUUUGGAUGGUUGAGACUAGAAAAAUCUGGAAUUUUAAACUAGUUCUUUUGCUUUAGCAGUUUAGUUUUGGUUUUUUCCUAUGGUAGGGAUUUUGGGUCUUCUUUGGGCACAAGAUAUUUGGUUUUGGUAGCAAGUUAUUUUGACGUAAGCCUUUUGAUUUCGGCUUUUCUCUGUAGAUGACAUAGAAUGUGGGUUUUGUUAUUUGAUGGAUUCUGAUUAAUGAUAGCAUUUUGACGAGUUCCAAGUAAUUUGUGGGAAUCAGCAUUGUGGUUUUAGGGGAGGGUGAGUCAUGCUCAAACAGAUUCUAAGUAAGCUUCCCCGGAAGUUGUCCAAGACGGCUGAUAGUCGUGAACAUGGUGGAAACCAUGCUACUUAUUUUAGUGUUUCUGGUGGCUCAAGGAGCAGUGAUUUAGGGACUGGCAAGUCAGGAAAUUUGAGUGUUUCACCUUUUCCAGCACCUAAUUCUAUGGCAGAUGUUGGAUGGAAAGGUGCAAAUUUAAAGCCCAGUGGGAACCAUUUGUUCUCUUCUUAUGAAGCAUUGCCUGCUUUCAAGGAUGUUCCAGCUUCAGAGAAGCAGAAUUUAUUCAUAAAAAAGCUUAACUUGUGUUCUGUUGUAUUUGAUUUUACUGACCCCACAAAGAACCUCAAAGAAAAAGAGAUUAAGCGGCAGACGUUGUUAGAGCUUGUGGAGUAUGUGACUUCUGCAAAUGGGAAAUUUUUGGAUGCUGUUUUGCAAGAAAUUGUUAAAAUGGUAUCUGCAAACUUGUUUAGGAGCCUUACCCCUCAACCACGUGAGAAUAAAGUUGCAGAUGGCCUUGAUUUGGAAGAGGAGGAACCUUCAAUGGAUCCUGCUUGGCCACACUUGCAAAUUGUAUAUGAGUUUCUUUUGAGGUUUGUAGCCUCACCUGAGACUGAUGCAAAAUUGGCCAAAAGAUAUGUUGAUCAAUCCUUCAUCAUCAAUUUGCUUGACUUAUUUGAUUCUGAAGAUCCUAGAGAAAGGGAAUAUUUGAAAACAAUUCUUCAUCGCAUCUAUGGAAAAUUCAUGGUGCAUCGACCAUUCAUUAGGAAAGCUUUAAACAACAUUUUUUUCCGUUUCAUUUUUGAGACUGAGAAACAUAAUGGGAUUGCUGAACUUCUAGAAAUUUUGGGCAGUAUUAUUAAUGGGUUUGCACUGCCACUUAAAGAAGAACAUAAAGUGUUCCUUGUUCGGGUGCUAAUUCCCUUGCAUAAACCAAAAUGCUUAGCAAUGUAUCAUCAGCAGUUAUCCUACUGCAUUACGCAGUUUGUGGAGAAAGAUGGUAAGCUUGCUGAUACUGUUAUUAGGGGGUUAUUAAAGUAUUGGCCCAUCACAAAUAGUUCAAAGGAAGUUAUGUUCCUAAAUGAGUUGGAGGAAGUUUUAGAGGCGACUCAGCCACCAGAAUUCCAGCGAUGCAUGGUGCCCUUAUUUCGCCGAAUUGCUCAUUGUUUGAACAGUUUGCACUUUCAGGUUGCUGAGAGAGCCUUGUUUUUGUGGAACAAUGAUCACAUUGAGAACUUAAUUAUUCAAAACCGCAAGGUUAUACUGCCCAUUAUUUUCCCUGCAUUGGAGAAAAACGCUAGAAAUCACUGGAACCAGGCUGUACAUAGCUUGACUUUAAAUGUCCGCAAAAUUUUCUAUGAUCUUGAUCCAGAGCUGUACAAUGAGUGCUUGCUAAAGUUUCAGGAGGACGAAUCAAAGGAAGAUGAGAUUGAAGUGAGACGUGAAACUAUAUGGAAGCGCUUGGAAGAACUUGCUGAAAAGAAAGCUUCUGGUAGUGAAGCGGUGCUUGUUUCCCAUAAAGCAAACGCCAAUGGCUCAUCUGGUUAAGAGAUGGAGAGAGAUUUGUUGGUAAUUAAUGAGUCUCAAGCUUUUCUAUAGGGAUGGAAGUAACAACCUUGUCUGGGUGAUGAAAUAUUGUCAGUUUCUUGCCUUCUACACAAAAGGAAUCCGAGAUUGCUGUAUGGUAGGUUCCAGCUUAUUAGUGAUGCCUAAUAAACAUUUUUGUUAAAUUAAUCUAUUUAUUCUUGAACUUGUCCUAUUCAUAUACUUCUUCUUGGUUAGCAUGAAAUUUCAUAUCCAUGAACACUCAUUCAAUGGUGAAA